AACAGCAGACUGGCGUGCCUGCUACCGGCCCUAGCACUGGUUAGCUAGCGUUACCGUCUGUAAACGGUGUAAACAGGCUUGAAUUAAUUCCUUCGUGUAACGAUGAGCCGCACCCCUGAUGCAAGAGCACGGGACUACCAAACAAGAAAGAUCCAGGAAAACAUCACCAAUGUGGAGAGGCAUUUUGGGGAAAUGUGCCAACUGUUUGCUGCCUAUGUCCGUAAAACAGCCAGGCUAAGAGACAAGGCCGACGUUCUGGUUAAGGAAAUAGGGAUGUACGCAGACACAGAAACGCCAAACCUCAAGAGGGGUAUGAAGCAGUUUGCUGACCACUUGGCCAAGAUUCAAGACUACCGCCAGGCUGAGGUGGAAAGGCUUGAAGCCAAAGUCAUAGAGCCAUUAAAAAGCUACGGAGCUGUGGUGAAACAAAAGAGGGAGGAUCUGAAGACAACUAAACGUGCCAGAGACCGAGAAGCUAAACAGAUGGCUCAGCUUGAGAGGACCAGACAGAGAAACCCCUCAGACAGGCAGAUCAUUUCUCAGGCUGAAAGUGAGCUCCAGAGAGCCACCAUGGACGCCACGAGGACCACCAGGCAGUUGGAGGAGACCAUUGAUGAGUUUGAGAAGCAGAAAAUCAGGGACAUUAAGAAGAUCUUUGGCGAGUUUGUGACUGUGGAGAUGAUGUUUCAUGCCAAAGCCCUGGAGGUAUACACCUUGGCCUACCAGAGUAUUCAAAGUGUGGAUGAAGAGGAAGAUCUAGAGGUGUCCAGAAGUUCGCUGCACCCCCCUUACUACCAGUCACGCUUAGACACAGUGCGAGCUAAUUCCAAAACCUCCCUCGAUCGGACCGGGUCCUUCCUGAGUACAUCAGGGACCUUACAGCAACAACGUACUGCCAGCCAGCACACAAGGAGAGAGGAGGAAGAGGAUGAUGAGGAUGAGGAUGAUGAGGAUGAAGAUGAUUCUGAAGACGACAAUGAUGAUGACGAUGACUCAGAUGAUGACAAUUAAAUUUUCUUCAAAUAAAUCACUCAUUGCCAAAAUUGCUCCACGCAGGUGGUCUGAGCAGUAUUGUAGUCCAUUUGUGUUGUGGUUGAGAGAACAUGUUGUCCCUUCUUAUUGUUUGUUUCUAAACUCCAGCCAGUUGCUAACUAUUUUUACAUGCCAUUCCAUGUGUUACUACUUCAGUGUAUUUUAUUGCAUAAUGGCUACUUGUGUUUAUUAAUAAAAAAAUAAAUAAAUGUA